UCAGAGGUAAACUUUGAGCAGGCAGGUGAUAUGUGGGACGAUAAAAAUAUGUGCUCUGGAAACAAAUUCCUUGAAACCAGCCAUGGAAGCAAGAGCUUCCCUCUUGUUGGGAAUAGAUCAGAAAUUCCUCUGAAUUCAUACAAAAUGGACACUUACAAAGAGGAACCUCUCUUCAACUGCAGGGUCUCUCAUUCACAAGUUCGGGGUGAUGAUGCAUAUCAUAAAUUUGUGGAAAACACAAGGGAUACGUGGCCUUCCAAUUUGUCUACAUACAAAACGUACAAAUGCCAAUACUGCAAUUAUGCUACUUCUGCUCACAGCAACUUCCAGCUGCACCUAAAAAUACAUAGAGAUGAAAGACCGUUGGUGUGUAAAGAAUGCAGUAAGCCAUUUAAUACGUCAAACCAUUUGCAGAAACAUAGCCUUAUUCACAUGGAGAAUGGAUACAAGUGUGGCCACUGCCUGGUUGCAGAUAGCUGUUUGGAGAAUCUUGGAUUGCAUCAUGAAAUGCAUGUAGGCAUGUGUCCAGGAAGAGAUUUUGGUUCCUCAAAAUAUUCAGACAGCAUUAGUUUCUUGCAUGGUUCGGAAGUCUAUAGAGCACAGCCACAUGUCCAGAGGGGCACAGAAGGUGAUUUGCUGGUGCAGAGUCGGCCACAAUUCUAUCAGUGUGUGGAGUGUGAGUACACUACACACAUUUUAAGUAACCUUAAACUACAUAUAAGAACUCACACCGGUGAGAAACCUUACAGCUGCAGCGUUUGUCAGAAAAAAUUUUGUACUUCCAGCCACCUGAAAAGACACCGAGUCACACAUUUUAAUAUGCAGCAUCUCAAGUGCAAGAACUGUGACUAUUCAACAAACAAAUGGCUGUCCUUGAAACAGCACCUGGCUUCGCACUCCUGUGUGGGAGGCUCAUCUGCUGGCUGUUUCUCCGAACAAAAGCAGCUACCUGUCAAAACGUACAGGUGUGAAGAGUGUGGCUAUUCCACAGCCCACAACAGCAACUUGAAGCCGCACCUGCGAAUUCACACAGGGGAGAAGCCGUUCAAGUGCGGUCAGUGCCCUGCUGCUUUCCGCACAUCCAGCCACCUGAAGCGCCACUUAGUGACUCAUUCAAGGUUGCACUGCAAAAAGUGUAGAUUUUCUACUGUAGACAAACGUGCUUUUCAAAAGCAUGUAAAAACACACACGAAGUACAAGUGUGGAAGGUGUAAUGCGAUACUACUUACCAAAAAGCUUCUGGAAAAGCAUAGGCAGCAACAUAAGCAUGGAAAAUAAGCUUGGGAAUUGCAAACUUGGUUCUGGAGAGGGGUUUUUUGUUUUUUUUCUGAAUUUGUUUACUGCUUUACAUUCCCCUGCUGUCUCCAGAACAAUGACUGGUAAUUGAUGCAUCCCACAUUUUGGUUUAGAGAUAGAAACUCAGGGCACUGAGAAGCUUCACUUCGAGCACAGGCCGUGCUAAAGAAUGUCUUGGACUUUUUCACACCAGACUGACUACUUAAUACUAUGAGCUCAGUUAUGGCCAAUAUUCACCAGUUUGAACUUAUUUUCAAAUAAACCACUUAUUUUCUUAUUAAAAAUUAAUUUAAAAAAUCUCUUGUCUAACUGAAAGACUGUUUAAAGGGAGGAAAGGAAAUGCACAUUACAUCACAUAGUAAUAACUUUUCAUUUAAAAUUCAUAGAUAUGUUUGGAUGCUUAAUGCUACCUCUCGUCUGCUGAAAGUUGCAUUACCUACUCCCAGGUUCUCUUGCAAUACUUGCAAGAGGAAAAAAACCCAGUAUCUUAGAAUAUUACAGAAACAAAAGAUUUAUGUCAUAACUGGGUAAUUGGGAUAUGAAAAUGUUUUCUGUAUUUGUGGAUAUAUUUAUUAGGUUUAUUAGGCAGGUAUCUUUCUGUACUUUUAAUAAGUUUGAGUAGU